AGCCAGGGCCACUGUCCCCGCAGGUGUCUCCCUGGGCCCCAUGGUGCUGGUGUUUGGGUGCCGCUCGUCUGCCCUGGACCACAUCUACUGCGAGGAGAUGGAGCAGGCGCGGGAGCAGGGGGCCCUCAGCCAGGUGCUCACGGCCUUCUCCCGCCAGCCCGGGACCCCCAAGACCUACGUGCAGGACGUGCUGCGGGCGCAGCUGGCGGCCGAGGUGCACGAGGUGCUGUGCCAGCGCGGGGGCCACAUGUACGUGUGCGGGGACGUCACCAUGGCCACCGAGGUGCUGCAGACCGUGCAGCACAUCCUGGCCCAGGAGGGAGACAUGACGCUGGGGCAGGCGGGGGACGUCAUCAGCGAGCUGAGGGACAAGAACCGCUACCACGAGGACAUCUUCGGGCUGACGUUCCGCACGCAGGAGGUGGCCCUGCGCAUCCGCAGCCAGUCCUUCUCCCUGCAGGAGCGGCGCCCGCCGGGCCCGGCGCCCUGAGCGCGGGCACACGGGGCAC